GAGAGGCGAAUGUUUGGAGAAGUCAAGACGCGAUGUUUGGCGGCGCAUAGGCGCUCAAUGGGAUGACAGCAAAGACGGCAAAAGGAGUUUUUGUUGCUAAAUUGUUGAUGGGGAGAAAAACAUCACAGAAGUGGAACUUCAAGGCUUGGUUAAUUUACUAGAUAGCAGAGCGAGAGUGAUUUCAUACCAUUGCACGAAGUACGGCCGAAAAUAAGAGGAUUUCUUUUAUUUAGCUUGCUAGCGAGCUAUCCAGACAGGGCACAAAUACACAAUGCAAGUCGCGAGUUUUGCGCACUUAAGUCGUUAGCUGGUGGGCUACUACGUUAGCUAACUUUUUAGCGUUAACUGGACUGGACUCACUUGCUCGCUCGCCAGCAGAGCUUUUUUUAAUGCAGCAAAAUUCCUUUGUAUUUUUUGCGUUUUGCAUUUCACAUGUUUUAUGAGGGCUGUAAGUAACCAGAUCGCUUGCUCGUUCGCUAGCCAGCCUGCUAUUCAUGGCUAGCCACAUGAGCGUGUUAUGCGUCGUAUGGAUAACAUGCCAGGCAUUGGAUUGAAAUGAGGGCCGCCGUCCCGACCCCAGGAUCGCUUCAGCUACACCAUGACAAACAACAAGGUCUGCCACAGCCUCUCACCUGCGUGUGAAAGCAAUGCGAAGCUCGUUGCCGGUUUCCCGUUAAAGUCGUUUGUGCAGCAGUAGCCCCCCCCCCCCAGCGAAGCCAUGGACCGAAACAAGCGCAACUCCAUCGCAGGGUUCCCCACGCGGCCGGAGCGGCUGGAGGACCUGGACGGCGGGGGUGCGGGGGACACCACCCCCUCCCCGCUGGGCCGCGUCUGCCCCUCCUCCUACCGGGCGCUCAUCUCCGCCUUCUCCCGCCUCACCCGCCUGGACGACUUCAUCUGCGAGUGGAUUGGCUCCGGAUUCUUCUCCGAGGUCUACAAGGUGCGACACCGGGCCUCCGACCAGGUGAUGGCGCUGAAGAUGAACAAGCUGAGCAGCAACCGGGCGAACAUGCUGAGGGAGGUGCAGCUGAUGAACCGGCUCUCCCACCCCAACAUCCUCAGGUUCAUGGGCGUCUGUGUUCAGGAGGGCCAGCUCCACGCUCUGACCGAGUACAUAAACGGGGGGAACCUGGAGCAGCUGCUGGACAGCAACAAGCACCUGAGCUGGACGGCGCGGGUGAAGCUGGCCUGUGACAUCGCCAUGGGGCUGGGCUACCUGCACUCCAAGGGCAUCUUCCACCGGGACCUCACCUCCAAGAACUGCCUGAUCAAGUCCGACGAAAACGGUUACACGGCCGUAAUCGGGGACUUCGGCCUGGCAGAGAAGAUCCCGAGCCACGAAGCUGAAGGGGAGAAGCUGGCAGUGGUGGGCUCCCCCUUUUGGAUGGCGCCGGAGGUGCUGCGGGACGAACCCUACAAUGAGAAGGCCGACGUCUUCUCCUACGGGAUAAUCCUGUGUGAGAUCAUCGCUCGCAUCCAGGCCGAUCCCGAUUACCUGCCCCGGACCGAGAACUUUGGCCUGGAUUACCACGCCUUCCAGCACAUGGUGGGGGACUGCCCGCCGGACUUCCUGCAGCUGGCCUUUAAUUGCUGCAAUAUGGACCCCAAGCUGCGGCCCUCCUUCCCAGACAUCGUGAAGAAGCUGGAGGAGAUCCAGAGCCGGCUGAAGGCGGAGGAGUCGGAGCGAGAGAGGGAGAGGAUCCACCUCGGCAUGGAUGUGGACCGCAAGACCAUCGCCAAAGGUCCCGGCGAGAAGGUCCAGGGCAUGAAGCGGCUGAACCCGCUGGGCCUUCAGGACGAUAAGAUCCCGCCCAAAUCCCCGCGGCCGCGCCGCAACAUCUGGCUCUCCCGCAGCCAGUCGGACAUCUUCUCCCGCAAGCCCAGCCGCAAGGUGAACGUGCAGGACCCCUACUACAACCCGGGUCCCAGGGCACGCAAGAUCAACCCCUUCAACGCCCGCGAGGACCUCAAGGGCGGCAAGAUCAAGUUCUUCGACAUGCCCAGCAAGUCAGUCUUCUCCCUGAUGUUCGACCUGCACUCGCCCCCGAGCGGGUCUGUCACCUACCACUCACAGCUGGGCCCCGGGGCCCCCGACCCCUGGCAGGAGCCCUGGCAGCUGCCCGGCCGCCGCUGCCAUUCGUUGCCCGUGUCUCCCCAGCUGCCCCCCCGGGACGUGCACAAGGCCGACCCGGCCCCCCUGGGGGGCAGGGCUCCAGGGGGCUGGGGCGGGAAGUACUCUGUGCUGGAGAUCCCCCCUUUCCAACAGAGGGCGGAGGAGGGUGAGGAGGAGGAGGAGCAGGGCUGGUCGCCCCUGCCCUGCGAGAGGGGCGAGGCCAUGGACUGCUCCAGCAGCUGUGGGACCCCCGAGGGGGAGGAGGACAGCCCCUUCCUCCCUGCCGAGCCCCAGAACGGGCCCUGCGCGCGGGGGUGGGCCUGCGAGGACAUGGAGGCCGAGGACCAGGAGCAGGGGGCCACGCCCGAUGCCGGAGUCCCCGGCCUGGACAAGGCCUCCUUCAGCCUCAGCCUCUCCGUGGAGCCCCUCUGCCCCACGGCACCGGAGAACUUCAACUCCAUCGUGCUCGCCCCCUGCGGGGCCCAGGAGGCGCCUGGCAUCCACUCCAAAUGUGACAUUUAG